AGGGGGGAGGGGGGAGGCUGCUCUCUGUUCAGGAGCCGCUCACACCACCAUGCCGCUGGUGCUAUGGGCACUGGGAUUAGGAACACUCUUUCUGCAGGACGUCUUGCAUGUAGCCACCGCAGCAGCGAGGAAGCAGACCCUGCAUCCAAGACAAGCCCAACUGCUGGAGAAACUCCGCGAGUUCGAGAUCGUCACCCCCACCCGUGUGAACGAAUUCGGAGCCCCCUUUCCCACGCACGUACACUUCAAACGAAAGAGACGAAGUAUUAAUCCUGACCCGGACCCUUGGGCCACCGACGACUCCUCCGCACACUACCGGCUUUCCGCCUUCGGGGAGCAGUUUCUGUUCAACCUCACGGCCCAUUCUGGAUUUAUUGCGCCACGUUUCACCGUCAGCCUCCUCGGAGCCCCGGGGGUUAACCAAACCAGGUUUUACAGCGAGGAGGCCAGCGACGUAAAGCACUGUUUUUAUAGAGGACAUGUGAAUACCCAGCCGCAGCACACGGCGGUCAUCAGCCUGUGUUCAGGGAUGCUAGGCACAUUCAGGUCUCACAAUGGGGACUAUUUUGUAGAGCCGCUGCUAUCGCCUGAUGACCAAGAAUAUGAAGAAGAGCACAAUAAGCCACAUGUGGUCUACAGACACAGUGCACCUCAAAAAGACUCACCAAGGGAAAGGCACACUUGUGAUACUUCAGGGCAUGAAAAUAGUCACAAGAAGAGCAAGAGGAAAAACCGGAGAAGACAAUGGCAAGAAAGUAGUCUGUUCUCGGACGUGGAGGUAUUAAAACAUAGCAUGGCAGGAAAUCAAUUUUCUACAGAUAACAACAAGACUGAGAACACAAGUGAUGACAAGACGCACCGAAGGACAAAGCGAUUUCUCUCCUACCCUCGAUUUGUGGAAGUCAUGGUGGUGGCAGACAGCAGAAUGGUUGCCUACCAUGGAGCUAAUCUGCAACACUAUAUCUUAACAUUAAUGUCAAUAGUAGCGUCUAUCUAUAAAGACCCAAGUAUUGGAAAUUUAAUUAAUAUUGUUAUUGUGAAAUUAGUCGUGAUACAUAAUGAACAGGAUGGUCCUUCAAUAUCUUAUAAUGCCCAGACAACAUUAAAAAACUUUUGCCAAUGGCAGCAUUCCCAGAACCACCCUGAAGAAAACAAUCUACCCAAACAUGAUACUGCUGUACUUGUUACCAGACAGGAUAUUUGUAGAGCUCACGACAAAUGUGAUACCUUAGGUCUGGCUGAACUGGGCACGGUUUGUGAUCCGUACAGAAGCUGUUCAAUUAGCGAAGAUAACGGACUAAGUACUGCUUUUACCAUCGCGCAUGAACUUGGCCACGUAUUUAACAUGCCACAUGAUGACAAUAAUAAGUGCAAAGAAGAUGGAGGGAAAAAUCAACAACAUGUCAUGGCGCCAACACUGAACUUCUACACCAACCCCUGGAUGUGGUCAAAAUGUAGUAGGAAAUACAUUACUGAGUUUCUAGACACCGGUUAUGGGGAGUGUUUACUAGAUGAGCCUGUAUCAAGGACUUACACUUUGCCUCAGCAACUCCCAGGAGUAAUUUAUGAUGUUAAUAAACAAUGUGAGUUAAUUUUUGGACCAGGCUCUCAAGUCUGCCCCUACAUGAUGCAGUGCAGACGCCUCUGGUGCAUCAGCAUUGAUGGAGCUCACAAAGGAUGUCGUACUCAACACACACCUUGGGCUGAUGGGACAGAGUGUGAACCCGGAAAGCACUGCAAGUAUGGCGUGUGUGUCCCCAAGGAGCGAGAGGCGCCGGUAACAGAUGGAGCGUGGGGAUCGUGGAGUCCCUUUGGAAGCUGUUCAAGAACCUGUGGUGGUGGCAUAAAAACCGCCGUUCGAGAAUGCAACAGGCCUGAGCCCAAGAAUGGUGGGAAAUAUUGCGUGGGUCGUCGAAUGAAAUUUAAAUCCUGCAACACUGAACCAUGCUCUAAACUAAAGAAAGACUUCCGAGAUGAGCAGUGCGCUGACUUUGAUGGGAAGCAUUUUAACAUUAACGGUCUACCUCCUAAUGUGCGUUGGGUUCCUAAAUACAGUGGAAUUUUAAUGAAAGAUCGGUGCAAGUUGUUCUGUAGGGUAGCAGGAAACACAGCCUACUAUCAGCUCAGGGACCGAGUUGUUGAUGGCACCCCUUGUGGCCCAGACACAAAUGACAUCUGUGUGCAAGGACUUUGUCGGCAAGCUGGCUGUGAUCAUGUGCUAAAUUCCAAGGCAAGAAGAGACAAAUGUGGUGUUUGUGGUGGCGAUAAUUCUUCAUGCAAAACCGUUGCAGGCACAUUUAAUACAGUGCAUUAUGGCUAUAACACCGUGGUACGCAUACCCGCUGGUGCUACAAAUAUUGAUGUGCGGCAGCACAGUUACUCAGGGAAACCAGAAGAUGAUAACUACCUUGCCUUAUCAAACAGUCAUGGAGCCUUCAUCUUGAAUGGGGACUUUGUCGUCAGCAUGUUUAAAAGGGAAAUCAAAGUUGGGAAUGCUGUGAUCGAAUACAGCGGCUCAGACAAUACAAUAGAAAGGAUCAAUUCUACGGAGCGCAUUGAGCAAGAAAUCGUUCUUCAGAUUCUAUCCGUGGGUAAUCUAUAUAACCCUGAUGUUCGAUACACAUUCAAUAUCCCAAUUGAAGACAAACCUCAGCAGUAUUACUGGAACAUCUAUGGCCCGUGGCAAGCCUGCAGUAAACUUUGCCAAGGGGAACGAAAAAGGAAACCCAUUUGUACCAGAGAAUCUGAUCAACUCAUGGUGUCAGAUCAAAGAUGUGAUCGAAUUCCCCACCCUGAUCCAGUAACUGAGCCUUGUAGCACAGAAUGUGAAUUAAGGUGGCAUAUUGCUAGAAAGAGCGAAUGCACGGCGCAGUGCGGGCUGGGAUACCGAACGCUAGAAGUCUACUGCACAAAGUACAGUAGGUCGGAAGGGAAGACCGAGAAAGUCGACGACCGAUUCUGCAGUGGCCAAACCAAGCCAAAUACUAGGGAAAAAUGCUUUGGAGACUGUAACGUAGGAGGAUGGCGGUAUUCAGCCUGGUCUGAUUGCUCUAAAAGUUGUGGUGGUGGCACAAGGAGACGACGAGCCAUCUGCGUUAACACCCUCAAUGAUGUACUGGAUGACAGUAAAUGCAGCCAGCAGGAGAAGCUCAUUGCACAGCGCUGUAGUGACUUCUUGUGUCCACAGUGGAAAACAGGUGACUGGUCAGAAUGCUUGGUAACCUGUGGGAAAGGGCACAAACAUCGCCAGACGUGGUGCCAGUUUGGAGAAGAUCGGUUGAACGACAGGUUUUGUGAUCCGGAGAGUAAGCCCAAUUCUGUGCAGACCUGUCAGCAGCAGGAAUGUGCCGCGUGGCAAGUUGGACCCUGGGGACAGUGCACAAUGACAUGUGGGCAGGGCUACCAAAUGAGAGCAGUGAAAUGUGUCGUCGGUGCCUAUGUAUCAGUAGUGGAUGACAAUGAGUGUAACGCUGCCACACGGCCGACGGACACACAGGACUGUGAAAUAGCAGCAUGUCCUCUCCAUCCAGCUGCUCCAGAAACGAAAAGAUCUAUGCCCAGCGUUCACAGGACACAGUGGAGAUUUGGAUCUUGGACGCCCUGCUCAAUGACAUGUGGGAAAGGUACUAGGAUGAGAUAUGUCAGCUGUCGUGAUGAUCAGGGCUCAGUGGCCGAUGAAGCCGCCUGUUUUCACCUCCCUAAGCCUUCAGCGACAGAAGUGUGCUCCGUAACGCCGUGUGGACAAUGGAAAGCCCUGGAGUGGAGUUCUUGUUCAGUGACGUGCGGUCAAGGUAAGGCAACGCGGCAGGUGGUCUGCUUGAAUUACAGCGACCAGGUGGUCGAUAGAAGUGAAUGCGAUCCAGACGAUCUCCCAGCAACGGACCAGGAUUGCUCUGUGUCUUCCUGUCAGAACACCCAUGACUCCGGCAGGCCAAUCCACUCUUUCUCAUACCCGGAGCAUCCACCGAAACCCCACCCGGGGAGAAACCCAAACCAGAACGCUGGCCCCGCGCACAUACCAGGGGGCAACCAGUGGAGAAUCGGCCCAUGGGGUGCUUGCUCUAGUACGUGCGCUGGGGGAUUCCAGCGGCGGGCUGUGGUGUGCCAGGAUGAAAACGGAUAUACUGCAAGUAACUGUGAUGAGAAAGCAAAACCUGUUGAGCAGAGAUCAUGUGAAUCUGGCCCUUGUCCUCAGUGGGCUUAUGGCAGCUGGGGAGAGUGCACAAAGUCAUGUGGGGCAGGAACAAGAACAAGGCUUGUGGUGUGCCAGCGCUCUAACGGUGAAAGGUUUCCCGAUCUGAGCUGUGAAAUUCUCGACAAACCACCAGACCGCGAGCAGUGCAAUAUGCAGGACUGUCCUAGAGAUGCUGCCUGGAAUGCUGGUCCGUGGAGCUCGUGUUCUGCUUCUUGUGGACGGGGACAUAAACACCGAAAUGUGUACUGCUUGUCAAAGGAAGGAAACCGCUUAGAGAACGAUUAUUGCAAGCACCUGGCUAAACCGAACGUGCAAAGAAAGUGCAGAGGAGGCAGAUGUCCGAAGUGGAAAACGGGAGACUGGGGACAGUGCUCCGUGUCCUGUGGACGAGGCGUUCAGCAGAGAAAUGUGUACUGCCACACGGGCACUCAGAAAACAGCCAGGGAGACGGACUGUUACCAGUUCACAAGACCAGUCUCUGAACAGGAAUGCCACAUUGCUGAAUGUCCCCGUUACAGCUGGGAAAUGGACGAAUGGCAAGCCUGCAUGAAAACGUGCGGGGAAGCGUUCCGGUACCGGAAAGUUGUGUGCAUGAAUCAGAAUAACCAAGAGGAGGACAGCGUGAAUUGUGAUGCGAGCAAGCGCCCCUCUGAUAGGGAGAGCUGCAAUUUACUGCCUUGCGAGUACAUCUGGAUUACAGGGGAGUGGUCUGAGUGCUCUGUGACCUGCGGCAAGGGCUAUAAGCAAAGGUUGGUCUCGUGCAGUGAAAUUUACACCGAGAAGGACCAUUACGAGUACGGUUACCAGAAUACAGACAACUGCCCUGGCACCCAGCCACCAAAUGUCCACACAUGCUACCUCGGGGAAUGUCCAGUUUUGGCAACAUGGCGAGUUGGCAACUGGGGGAGCUGCUCGGUGACUUGUGGCAUUGGAGUGAUGCACCGGUCAGUGCAAUGCUUGACCAACGAUGACCAGGCGAGCGCUUUGUGCCAUGCUGAUUUAAAACCCGAAGAGAGGAGGACGUGUCACAACAUCUAUGACUGUGAAUUACCGAGCAGCUGUCAAGAUGUUAAAAGACUCAAAGGUGUCAUUGAAGAUGGUGAAUAUUACCUUAAAGUUAAAGGAAGGAUAUUAAAGAUAUAUUGUGCUGGGAUGCAGACCGACAGCCCAAAAGAGUAUGUGACUCUUGUCAGUGGGUAUGCGGAGAAUUUCUCUGAAGUGUACGGCUACAGAUUACAUAACCCGACNUUUAAUAACAUGUUUUUUUUUAUUACAGUAGACUGUGAAUUAAAUGUAUAA